CUGGAUUACACUAAGUUUAUGGAGCUGGAUUGUACUAAGUUUAUGGGCCUCAGCCUUUCUUUUAUGGAUGCAAACUAGGUGUUAUAUUAUAUAUAGGUAGGCUCCCCUAUUCUUCAUUGAACCAUAGCUGCGACUCUUGGAAGCCACUUUUUCGCUCUAGGAUCAUGAUGUCAUCACCCUCUCCCUUUCUCAUCAAUGUCUCGAUUGUAGAGAGGGAGAAGGUGAUGACAUCAUGAUUCUGAAGGGCGCACUUCUGCACGACAUCUCAUUACAGAGCCACAAGGUGUUAUGGCUAGGCGAUGAGUGUCCUCUUGUCGAGGAAACACUUGGGUAUGGUGUAUGAUUGUACAGAUCUGACUGAUGUGAAUCAUAUUACGGCUCGGAUUCAAGCACGCAAACCUUCUUAGUGGUGGUGGUUGGUUGGUUUCUUUUUAGUAUGGUUUGUGGGGUAUUGGGUUUGUUUCUUUGGUGUGGUUUCUUGGCUGGUUGAACUAUAUCGGUAUUUUAUUGCCUUUUAUCUUGUUUGGGUUUUUCCCUCUUUGGUCUUUUGGUUGUGAUUAUUGUGGGUGUCUUUACCAUUCUGUUUUCUAGUAUUGGUUGUAUAGUCUGGUCUCGGAGGCUUGUUUGUGGGUUUUUGCUAGACGCUGGUUAGUUUUUUUUGUUUGUGUAUUCUUGCCUAUGACCUCAUAUAUACCCUUUUGCUUUCGAAAAAAUAUAUAUUUUAACUUUGCAAACUUGUGGCUAAUUAAAAUCGCCAAAAAGAAAGAAAGGAGAAAGCAAGAAAAAGGGACCUGUUGAGAGCUGUCGUGGGAGUGUGUCAUGAGAAGAUGUUGAUGCAGAGCCGACACUAAAAGAGCUAAUAGUGUUUUUGGUGGAGCUGUCAGAGCCUUAUGGUGUUUUGGCUGCUCAAAUGAUGUUGCCAUUUUCAAGGUUGCAGCUCAAAUCAAUGCUCGCAGGUCUUAGUAGGAUAGUAGUGGGUGGAUUUUUUGUGUUGGUUGGUUUUUGGGGUCUUUGAGGUUUUGUGAUUUGGCCUUCUGUUUAUUGUGUUGGGGUUUCUUUUUUCUUUUUUGGUUCUUUUCGAGGUUGGUGGUUGUCUUUAUGGGUUGGUUGGUUUGUUUCUGGCGUUGUUGGUUUUCGAUCCAUUUUGAGGAGUGAUGUAUUUCUUUGUCAAUUUCACCAUCAAUAUAUCUUUUGCUUUCCAAAAAACAAAAAUCAUCAAAAAUUGUAUCAUCUGGUGCCUUGAAGUCUCGAAGUGUCUAUCAAUCAUUAUUAUAACAUAACCUAUUAAUAGCGCUGAAAUUCACAACACCAACCCAUAAGAAGCACAAAAUUUACCAAAAUGUUUGGCUACUCAUUUCUAUUCUAGCCACACCAAAAGAGAGAAAUGAAAAAAAAAAAAGAGUUACCAAAAUAUUUGGCCACCCAUUUCUACUCUAGCCACACGCCCACCCUUAAAGAGAAGUAAGAAAUGAAAAAUAUAAUGUAUAAAAUAAUUGAAAAUAAGAGAAAAAUUGGAAAAAAAAAAUUUAAAAAUGAGAUCAAAAACGAAGUUGAGUGUGAAACAAGAAAACCUAAAAUUCAAAAAAUAUACAAAUCCCUCUAUUCCAACAUACAGCAUGGACUCCUUUACUUGAGAAAUAAUUAUAUCUUCACACCUCAUUUUUGAGGUGUGGGAAGGUGGAAAAGGAGAGAGAUAGGAAGAAAGGAGAGAGAAAAUAAAAAUGUGAUAGUUGAUUUGAUUAAUAAAGAAGAGAAAAAUAAAUAGAAUUUAAGGUGGAAAAGAGGUGGAGAGAUGUGUAUAUAUCAUAACUCAUAUUACUUAUUACUUGACCUUUAUCAUCAUGCACAACUACACUGUUCCCUUGUCCAUUUUUGUAGCGACAGAGUAGAAAUAGUGGCGGUGCAUGCUUGAAAGCGCCUCACCCAUUAGCCGCCACUAAUUUCCUGCAAUGAACUUUCAUCCUCCAAACCUGCUUAGUAGCUUGCUAGAAUCAGCAGUUUCAACUCGCUCUCCUCUCCUUGGUCGUGCCGUCCAUGCACAAAUCAUCAGAAGCCAUGAAACCCCUCUGCCAUCGUUCCUCUGCAACCACCUCAUCAACAUGUACUCCAAACUCGACCUUCUCAACUCAGCUCAACACGUUCUCUCACUCACCCACCUCCGCACCGUCGUCACCUGGACCUCCCUCAUCGCCGGCUGCGUUAACAAUGGCCGUUUCGUCGCUGCUCUCCUCCACUUCGUUAACAUGCGCCGUGACUGCGUUCAGCCUAAUGACUUCACGUUUCCUUGUGUUUUCAAAGCUUCGUCGUCGUUGCAGAUGCCCAUCACCGGAAAACAGGCUCAUGCUCUUGCUUUGAAGGGUGGCCAGAUAUAUGAUGUGUUUGUGGGGUGUAGUGCUUUUGAUAUGUAUAGUAAAACUGGCCUAAGAGUUGAUGCUCGGAACAUGUUUGAUGAAAUGCCGCAGAGGAACUUGGCUACUUGGAAUGCGUAUAUUUCUAAUGCGGUUCAGGAUGGCCGGUCGUUGGAUGCGGUUGGCGCUUUCAAGGAGUUUCUUUGUGUGCAUGGAGAGCCGAAUUCAAUAACUUUUUGUGCGUUUCUCAAUGCGUGUGCUGAUAGAUUGGGUUUGCAUCUUGGGCGUCAGUUACAUGCGUUUAUAAUUCGUAGCGGAUAUAGGGAGGAUGUAUCUGUUGCCAAUGGGCUUAUUGAUUUCUAUGGGAAAUGUGGGGACAUUGUAUCUUCUGAAAUGGUUUUUAGUAGAAUAGGCAGGAGCAGGAGGAAUGUUGUUACUUGGUGCUCUAUGCUUGCUGCUCUUGUGCAAAACCAUGAGGAAGAGAGGGCUUGUUUGGUCUUCCUGCAAGCAAGGAAAGAAGCUGAGCCGACGGAUUUCAUGAUAUCUAGUGUGCUCAGCGCUUGUGCUGAGCUCGGAGGACUUGAAUUGGGGAGGUCAGUUCAUGCUCUUGCUGUCAAGGCAUGUGUGGACGAGAAUAUAUUUGUUGGGAGUGCCCUUGUUGAUUUGUAUGGAAAAUGUGGAAGCAUAGAGAACGCAGAGCAAGUCUUUAGUGAAAUGCCUCAGAGGAACAUCGUCACUUGGAAUGCAAUGAUCGGUGGGUAUGCACAUCAAGGUGAUGUUGACAUGGCAUUGGGUCUAUUUGAGGAGAUGACACUGGGAAGCUGUGGCAUAGCACCAAGUUAUGUAACACUAGUUUCUGUGUUAUCAGCGUGUAGUAGGGCAGGAGCAGUGGAGAGCGGCAUGCAUAUAUUUGAAUCAAUGAAAGAGAUCUAUAGAAUUGAACCAGGUGCUGAGCAUUAUGCAUGUGUUGUGGACCUUCUAGCAAGAUCUGGUUUGGUAGACCGUGCAUAUGAAUUUAUACAAAAUAUGCCAAUUCAUCCCACUAUUUCAAUAUGGGGAGCUCUAUUGGGAGCUUGCAGGAUGCAUGGGAAGACAAAGUUGGGAAAAGUUGCAGCUGAAAAAUUAUUUGAGCUUGAUCCUGAAGAUUCUGGCAAUCAUGUAGUGCUUUCUAACAUGCUCGCAUCUGCUGGCAGAUGGGAAGAAGCCACUAUUGUUAGGAAGGAAAUGAAAGACAUUGGUAUUAAGAAAAAUGUUGGUUAUAGUUGGAUUGCUGUGAAGAACAGGGUUCAUGUUUUCCAAGCAAAGGAUAGUUCUCACGAGAAGAACUCUGAAAUUCAGGCAAUGCUAGCUAAGCUCAGAGAGGAGAUGAAGAAGGCUGGGUAUUUUCCUGAUACCAAUCUUUCCCUGUUUGAUUUAGAAGACGAAGAAAAGGCUUCAGAAGUUUGGUACCACAGUGAGAAGAUUGCUCUUGCUUUUGGUCUCAUAGCACUCCCUCAUGGAGUGCCCAUACGAAUCACAAAAAAUCUUAGGAUUUGCGGAGAUUGCCAUAGUGCCAUUAAGUUCAUCUCAAGAAUUGUUGGCAGAGAAAUUAUUGUGAGAGAUAAUAAUCGUUUUCAUCGCUUUAAGGAUGGAUGGUGCUCUUGUAAGGACUAUUGGUAAUUUAUUGUGUUAUUUAUCUGUCUCUUGGGUCAUAUUUGGUAGUUGGUACAUCAAUGGAUAUCACAAAGAAGCAAAUUCACGACACAAAGUAGAACAACCCUCCAAAUUGGUUUGAUGUGAGAGGUUUAGGAUGGAGGAGAGAAGUGGAUGGCAGGGACACAGGGUGAGGGCAGCGACGAUGACGAGUAUGAUGGAAGAAGAUGUGAGACUUCGGGGUUUGAAGUUAUUUGAAAUAUUCCUAUAUUGUGAAUUACUAAAUACACCAUCAGUCCACAUGUUGAACAUUGUAAAGCUGGACCACCCUAUAAUCACUUACAAGAGCAUCUCCAUAUUAGCAUUAUUCAUGUGGACUCGUACCGUCACAUGUGCUCUAAGUAACUCUCAAGCAACUUUUGUAUAUAUAUUUUGCUCCAACUACAAGUUCUUAGCACUAUUCAUCUGGUCUCAACA